AUGGAUGCUACUCCAUCUUCUCUGCAAUCCACUACUUCCAUUGAACCAACCCAAACCACCUCUCCAAUGGCAGCCACCGACGAUUCCAAUGGAACGGCCGAAAUUCCUCCAAAAUCAAAGCCCACCACUGUCCUCAUCGAUAAAAAGAAGAAAAAGAAGAAGAAACCUAUUACAGACAUCUCUGACCCAGCACAAGUGUCCUCAUCAUCAACUUCGUCUUGUUGUACGUCGUCGUAUUCACAUUCAGUACCAAGAAGCAUUCGUGUUUCGAAUAGUCGCCGAAACCCUAGAGUCCUAAUUGGUUCGGCUCGGCAAAAUGAGAACGAUGUCGAGGCUCUCGCGCUUCCUCUUGGAAUGUCAAUCGCCGCUGUUGUCGACCAGAGGCAGAGUGAGGAAUUUAUUCUUGGCUCCGUGUUGUGUGGAUAA